AGCCCCAUCAUAUCCACUAUAACAUAUUCUAUAAAGAGAGAGAGCCAGUGAAGCCCAAAAGUAUAGAGAGAGAGAGAGAGAGAGAGAGAGAUGACGAUGAAGACGAAGGUGAAGGGAGAGUAUUUGGAGAGAGAAGUGGUGCCGUUUCUUGUAAUGGUAAUAGUUGAAAUCACAAACGUAGGCACAAACAUAAUCUUCAAAUCAGCCACCAAAAAAGGGUUGAGUUAUUUGGUCUUCAUGUUCUACUCUUAUGCCGUUUCCUCUCUCUUCUUCAUGCCCAUGGCCUUCCUCUUUCACAGAAAAACUGAUUUGCCCCCAUUCAGCCUCAACAUCUUCGGAAGAAUUUUUGGCCUAGCACUUCUCGGGUUUACAUCCCAGAUGCUUGGGUACAAAGGUAUUGACAUCAGCGAUCCAACUCUUGGUUCCGCCAUCAGCAAUCUCACGCCAGCUUUUACUUUUGCCCUCGCCAUCCUUUUCAGGAUGGAGAACAUAUCGAUACGAAGUGCAAGCACUCAGGCUAAAAUGAUAGGCACCAUCGUCUCAAUAUCAGGCGCACUCAUUGUGGUUUUGUAUGCCGGCCCACCACUUAUAACUCCAUCAUCACCGUCCUUGUUACCCAACCAAACUACGAUCGGCUCACCACAAUCGGGUUGGGUCCUUGGUGGCUUCCUCCUCGCAGUUGAUUAUUCCUUAGUCGCUGUUUGGUACAUUUUUCAGGCACAAACAGCAAGGAAGUAUCCGGCAGAGUUUGUUUUAGUUUUCGUCUACAACGUAUGCCUAACUCUUAUAUCUGCACCUGUGUGCUUGUUCUUGGAACCCAACUCACACAAAUGGGAAUUAAGAGCUGAUAUUUCAUUGGUUGCUGUUUUAUAUGCGGGUGUAAUUGGUGCAUCGGGCAUUGUUGUCCAUAUAUGGGGAUUGCGCGUCAAGGGGCCUGUUUAUGUCGCAUCGUUUAGGCCUUUGUCAAUCGCUAUCGCAGCUGUUAUGGGUGUCAUUUACCUUGGCGAUUCUCUCUACCUCGGAUGCGUCAUAGGAGCAAUAGCAAUAUCUGUCGGCUUUUACGUUGUGAUGUGGGGAAAGGUAAAAGAAGACAUGAUUGAGGACUCUGGAGCUUGUAGCUUGGAAUCCCCACGCCCAGAAAGUGUCCCUUUGUUGAAAUAAUACUAUGUGGUGUAACUCAAGAUGGAAAUCUGCUCUCUGUCACCCAUUUGUGUCACUGCUUGCGCGUAGUUUGAUGAUUUGUAUGUAAUUGAUGAUUUGUAUGUAAUUGAUGAUUCGUCCGCCGAAAAAGGCCAAUGGUAUAUAUAGCCUUGCUCGAGUGGAGACGGAUAAUAGAGGAACAUGGAAAGGUGUACAGAGUUUUUUCGAAAAUGUAUGCCCAACGUAUUUGUGUUCA